GCGCAUAUGUACAACGUGCGCAAUAUAUACCCGACAGCUAGAGAGCGGACAGACAGUGCCAGCAUUUCCCUGCAGAAUUCAUGAUUUCUACCCUUUCGUGACACCUUCAACCGCCAAAAUUCCUCGUCGGCGGAGUAAACCCUUGUGUCCCUCAGAACCCUCAGUAUUGGGGGGUUGCAGCAACAAAUAUUGGAGCGUAGAGCCUCGCGGUGCUGAGAACCGAGACCAGUUGGACUUCAACUUUGAGCCCGAGUGGGAACCCAGCUGAUAUUUGCUGGGUACCCUUAGGUUUUACUUCUCAGUCCUGUUACGCAUUUCAUAGGAACCUCCCACCACCAACCCCACCGGCAGGGGCGUUUUUGUCCUCUCUCUCCUGUUUACGGCAAGUGCAAUGGAGCAAAUUGCCUUCCAGGAUAUUCAAGUCCAGGUGUACGGCCGGGACACUCGUGUGCGAGACAUUGUCAACGAUAAAGUGAUCGACUGCAAGGACAGAGAGGAUCCUGAUGAUGCUUUCUUCAUUGGGGACUUGGGGAAUAUUGUUGCCAAGCAUAAGAAAUGGGUCAGUGCCCUGCCUCGAGUUGAGCCAUUCUAUGCUGUAAAGUGCAACCCUGAUCGCAAUGUACUCAAACUCCUCGCCGGACUAGGCACCAACUUUGACUGUGCCAGCAAGAGUGAGAUUGAGAUGGUUCUGAGCCUGGGUGUGGCACCCUCUCGCAUCAUUUUCGCCAACCCUUGCAAGCAGCGCUCCCAUCUCAAGUACUCUGCCAAGGAAGGUGUGGACCUCAUGACAUUUGACAAUGAGGAAGAACUUCACAAGAUCAAGAAAGUUUUCCCUGAGGCACGGCUGGUGCUGCGUAUCCUGACGGACGACUCGACUGCUCAGUGCCAGCUGGGUCUGAAGUACGGCUGCCACCCCAAGCACGCCCUGUACCUGCUGCAGACUGCCAAGGAACUCGAGCUUGAUGUCGUGGGCAUCAGCUUCCAUGUUGGAAGUGGCUGUCGUAAUGCCGGCGCAUUUGCCGUUGCCAUCCAGUCGGCCCGAGACAUCUUUGAUAGCGGAGAGCGUCUGGGAAUCGUCAUGGACCUCCUGGAUAUCGGGGGCGGCUUCCCAGGUCAAGCCUCGGCAACCAUCCCUUUUGAAGAGUUUACUCAUGUGAUCAACACGGCUCUUCAGGAGCACUUCCCUGUCAGCAGUGGUGUCCACGUCAUUGCUGAGCCGGGCCGUUUCUAUGUAGCGUCGGCCUUCACUCUGUGUGUGAACAUCACCGCCAAGCGCAUGGUGGCCCGUGACAUCCAGACGUUCUCUGUGCCAGAAUCCAAGGAUCUUGUAGCCAACUCGGUUGCUCCCAGCAGCUCCGACGAGCCAGGAUUUAUGUACUACGUCAAUGAUGGAGUGUAUGGCUCCUUUAAUUGUCUGCUGUACGAUCACGCAACUGUUGAGCCCAAGCUCCUCCAGGAAAGAGACAAGACAGUGCUGCAGUACUCCACUAGCAUCUGGGGCCCGUCAUGUGAUGGUCUGGAUAGAAUCAUUGAACACUGCCUGAUGCCAGAGCUUGAAGUGGGCGAAUGGAUGAUAUUUGAAGAUAUGGGAGCUUACACCAUGUGUGCUGGCUCCGAGUUUAAUGGUUUCAAGCGUCCAGUUGGCUACUACGUUCUUCCCAACAAUCUUGUGACCCCCCUCCAGCGCAUGUUCCCGGACAGUUCCACUCCUUGCUACCAGAAGGCCUCCCUGCGGGACUCUGCCACCUCCCUGACCGGUUCCCGCUUUGCUGCGCUGCCAGCCAAGCUUGUCUGUCUCCAUGGCAACGAGGAGGACCCCUACGCCCAGCCCGAAGUUGAAGCACUGUUGUAAGCCCUCCAAUCGGAGGGGAAAGAAUUGUUACCAUGGCAACUGGCGGAUCUGCUUUGGGAAACAAUUUUUGUGUUGUACCCUCUCAAUUGCCGUCUCUGUAACACACCGUGUGUCUGGUAUGCCUCUACCUUUGCACAACUUUUGCACAGAAUGUGGUACUUUAAAGUCUCUGCGCUCAAAAACAAUUUGCAUAUCUCCUGCUGUACAUGCGAGUCAGUAUUGAAGUUUCAAGCUGGCAAUUUUUUUGACGUCAACCCGAGUUCCGGCCAAUUUUACGUGGCGGGUUCUUAUUGAUGCAGUGCUGCAAAAAUGACUUUUCUCCCCAACUGUUUGGGAUUACAGCGGAAGCCAGUAAAUAUUUGCCAUUUGGUGACAAUAGUAAAAAUUGGCUAGAUGAUCACAAAUUUGGAUUACCAUCAAUUUUUAAGAGGCAUGGUAUUUGACAAGUUCUUUCACAGAGCAGAUCAGACACAAAGUUUCCACUGAUAUGUUCUUACAAUUUUUCUAGUUUGGGUCAUUAUACUAAAGCAUUUUCUGGUAAUAUUGUAUUGGUACUGUAAGAUUGUAAUGCUGGGUAGCACAGAAUUUAUCUCACUUUGAUUGUGAAGGUAACUGGGUUUAAUUAUGAAGAUCAAUUGUACAUAUAUGUUGUGAACUUUGGACGUUUGGGAAAUUGGUAUUAAUAGUAAGCUGCAUUUGAACCAAGUCUUACGUAGGUGCAAAAUUAAGCAUGUGUAAUCACAAGGUGUAUUCAUAAUGGUCUUGGGUUUCUUGGGAUGGCAAAGCUGGCUUAGGUUAGUAAAUCUUGUAGUUGAAUAUGCAUGGCAUGUAGAAUCACAGUGAACAUGUACAGCGAGUUACACCUCUUCGUUAGCUUCAGUUUUGCAGUAUGCAUUGGUGAGUGCUCUUUACAUGCUAGUACAUGUAUAUAUUUGCAAUCAUCAUACAUCGGACAAACUCAGGAGGAUAUUUGUAGCCUUGAUUUAUUGGUGACUAGCACCUGUCACAGACAUCCUGACAAGCUAGACCCCGGAGUGACAAAAACCUCCCAUUGCCCGAAAUAAAAAUGAGAGCUUCCAACGAGUCAACUGUAUCUGUACACGCUGAACAUUCACAGACUAUAGGAUACAUCAAAGUAAUGGUAAUGUCCAUACACACAUCAUAACGCAUCAAUAUCACAAAACAAAAAGCAAGAAUUACUCACUGGGGGUUUCCUUGUAGACUGUACUACAGUAGUCUCCAUGGGACUUUGCCUACGCAGACGUAGAAAUGGGUGCUACUGACAUCAAACUACAUGUAUACACAUGCUUUCCAGCUCCCUCGAAAACAACUCCACUCCCAGUGAAAGUCUUCGACCAUUCCUUAUACCUCCUUGUUGGUAUUCAUACGCAGAGAGUUACCAAGUAAAUAACCGUAACCGUAAGUAAUGUGAGUUUCAAUUCAAACAUCACCAAGAUAUCACAUAAUACAAGGGGUUAUUAUUAUUAAGCAACAAUUACAAGACACACAACCAUGCAAUUAAAACUCUGACACAAUGUAGAUCAGCUAUACCAUAUGCAUAUUCAUGUAUAAGUUUUUAAGAAGUGAGGUCGCCCUUGCUAAGGCACAGUCCCCUACAAAAGAUUACGUCAGUGUUCAGGCGAUGCAUUAGUUUGCCCAAAAGGGUAAAUUUUAAGUUUUAAAAAAAUAAUUUUGAAAUUAUGCUGCAGUGCGCAGUCCAAAAGUACAUGUAUAUAACUUUAUCCCAGUGAAGCAAACUCUUAAUUCUAGGUUGCCUUGAAGGGGGCCUAUACAGCAGCUGAGUUACUGACGUUGGUCAGAUGCUUAAAGGUGCAGAUGCACAUGUAGAUUGCAGUGAAACAGCAUUGGCUUUAAAAUAAUAUUUAUCGUGUAGGAAAUCUAAAAAUAGUAAGCCUUUAGGUAGACGCAGGCCUUAAAUUUCACGUCUGUGUACAAGAAUUUAUACAAACUAGGAUUUCGCCACUAAUCACCUGCCUAUGUUUGAGCAUUUUCAUAGAAGGGGUCAUCAAAUGUUAACAUUUUUCGCAGCACGGUGUGAUUUUUCAAGGCCCCUCUCCCUUCCUUAAAUUAGUACUUGCCAACAUUUUUCUAUUAGUAUCCUGAAAUAGACGAACCCUUGUAGGCAGUGUUGUUGGAAAGUGCGGUACAUGGACAGUACAUGUGCAUGCACUCUCCGUAGGAGCCAGCUCUCAGUUUGCAUUUUUGUGAUUUUUCACGUUUUACAUAUAAAUGAGAAUACUAUUAAAAAAAAUCAGCAUUAUACCAGACCCAAAAGUCGGACAUGGCUGUAUCAACCCUCUCCUCUUCACGCACUUUGCACAACUGUGGAAAUGUUGGGAACUUUGGACAACCCCUCAACAGGUGUUAAAUGCAGCUGUUGUCGGUAAUUGACUCAAUUAAGCUUAUUUGUUUAUUCAUUAUGGCAUUGCAUAAGAUCAUUUAACAAAAGAUGGGUUGGAUAUAAAUUGGUGGUGGAGUCUUGGUUUGAUGUUGGUCUUAAGGUCCUCAUCGUUAAUUAAAGCAUAGCAAUCAUACAAAAAUGUAUCUGUUAAAUUCAAGGAUAAAUUUGACCUUAGUAAACGUUGGUGUUUGUGUAUCACAUUGAAUUAAAACCAAGUUGACUGUAAUAAACAAGA